GAGUACCUGAAGGACCCAAGCAAGUUCGCAGCUGCCACACCGGCCGCUGCCGCCCCGGCCGCCGCGGAAGCUCCCAAGGCAGAAGCGAAAAAGGAAAAAGAACCGGAACCUGAGGAAUCAGAUGAUUCAGAUUUUGGCAUGAGUCUUUUCGAUUAA